UGAAUUACAGUCUUUUUUUUUUUUUUUUUGAAUAAUUUUGCCUCAUGGCUGAAGCCUGUCUCCCCCAUCCUCCUGGUUUUAAGCCGCUACCGAAGGGAAGGAAACGCCAGAAGAGAGGGGAGGGAAAUAAAUAAUAUCUUUCUGCGAGAAGAAAAACGAGAAAAAUAGACGCGUAACGAGAGAGAGGUAGAGGAAUUGGAAGCAGAAGAGGGAGACGGGGAAAAUGGGCAGAGGGGGAGAGAUGAGAGAGGACAAGCAUGAGCACCAGGAGGAGGGAGUAAUGGCUACAGACUUCUUCUGGUCAUACACGGAUGAACCUCAUGCUUCGAGGAGAAGACAGAUCCUCUCUCAAUACCCUCAAAUCAAGGAACUCUUUGGCCCUGACCCCUUGGCUUUCCUCAAGGUUACAGUGGUUGUUUUGCUUCAACUUUGGACGGCCACAUUACUUCAUGAUGCUGGCUGGCUUAAGAUAUUGGCAAUAGCCUACUUCUUUGGCUCUUUUCUCAACCACAAUCUUUUCUUAGCCAUACAUGAGCUCAGUCACAAUCUUGCUUUCUCAACUCCUGUUUACAACCGUUGGCUUGGGAUUUUUGCUAACCUACCAAUUGGUAUACCCAUGUCUGUAACCUUCCAGAAGUAUCAUCUUGAACACCAUCGCUUCCAAGGAGUAGAUGGGAUUGAUAUGGACGUCCCCAGCCAUGUUGAAGGCCAUCUUGUGACGAAUGUUGUCACAAAAUCUAUAUGGGUUAUCUUCCAACUCUUCUUCUAUGCUCUGAGGCCUCUGUUUCUCAAACCUAAGCCCCCUGGUUAUUGGGAAUUCAUCAACCUUUUUAUUCAGAUAGCUCUGGAUGUGGCCAUGGUUUAUUUUUGGGGCAGGAGGUCUUUUGCUUAUUUGAUCCUUUCCACAUUUGUUGGAGGUGGGAUGCACCCCAUGGCUGGUCAUUUCAUCUCAGAACAUUAUGUCUUCAAGCCAGAGCAAGAAACGUAUUCCUAUUAUGGCCCCCUGAAUUUUCUAACUUGGCAUGUGGGGUACCAUAAUGAGCAUCAUGAUUUCCCAAGGAUCCCUGGUAGCAAGCUUCACAAGGUGAAGGAAAUUGCACCAGAAUAUUAUGAAGGUUUAGACUCGUACAAAUCUUGGAGCCAAGUCAUAUAUAUGUAUAUUAUGGACCGGACAGUUGGGCCCUACAGCCGAAUGAAGAGAAAGGUGUCAACUACUACAAAGAAAUCUGAGUAGUUGCUCCCCAUCUUUGUCAGUUCUUUUUAGUUUUUCCCCUCCUCUUGUUGGCAAUGGGAUACUAAAAACAAUCUAUAGUCUGUAACAAAUUUGAAAUUUUGCUGUAGUCUGGGGCUGAAAAUUUGAGUUUAUUAUUUA